UAUAAGUAGACUGUUUGGAUUUUACCCUUUUCUCUUGUGGGGUAAAAAAGGAACACUAAAGAAGAGCAUUGUCUAGAGUCUUAAAUUCAUGUUGUGUCUGUCUGCCUGUCUGUCUAAACCCCCGGUACUAUUAUGGAAUUUUUACCCAAAUAUUUGAUCCGUUUAUAAGUUGUCUGCUUCCUUUAAGGGGAGCUUAGCCAGGCCUGUACUGACAUAAAAAUCACAAUAUUCCUGUGUAACCAUGAAAGUGCUUAUACAUUCACCUCACGCCCAAGCAUCCAGCUUUUCCUGCCUGUCCUAACCAGAGAGUUGACAAACUGUAAGGUGUUUUUGAAGGAAAGCAUAAGGAAAAAAUUUGUUCAAUGAUGCCAUGGCAGAUAUUUAGGAAUCACCAAAACUGCUGUGUAGUGCAGUGGUGGUAGUGGCCUAACCCUGCUGAGUGCCAAAAGCAGAUUGUCAGGGAGCACUGCUGAAGGGUGCCUUGACUCCCAUGUGCCUGUGAGUGUAGACCCAUGAGAGUUGCUUCCAUGCUAGUGCUAAAAAGGUGUACGUAAUGUAGACAUGCUGUAACAGAAUGACCAUAUUUUCUGUGCAAGAUGAGCACAGAAGCCUGAUGGCUGCAGCAGGACUGGAGGAUACAAUAGCACCAUUGUGGUGGUUUUUUAUUUCAUUGCAGCCUCCUGAGGGUUUGGUACCAAACUAGACUAAAACAGAAUUUUGCAGGUUUGUGUGCAUUUCAUAACUACAAGACAGAUGCUAGGAAGGAAAAUAGAACUUCAGAACUAUAGAAUUGUCAACGCUGGAAAAGACCUUUAAGAUCAUCCAGUCCAAUUGUCAACCCAGCACUAGCACUGUAAUUCUGGACCAGUAAUCUUAUCACCCAGUACCAGAUCCAAACACCCUCAGGGACAGUGACUCCACCAUGUCCCUAGACAACCCACUCUAAUGCCUGAUCACCCUAACAAUGACACUUUUUUUCCUAAUAUCUAGUCUGAAUCUCCCCUAUGUCAGGUGAAGGCCAUUUGUUCUGGUCCUUUCACUGCAGGCACACUAGAAGAGACCUGCCAUCAGUUCACUACACCCUCCUUUCAGGGAGUUGUAGAGAGUGAUGAGGUCCCCCAGGGUAUUACUUUUAAUUUGUUUACAUUUCUUUUUCUUUAUAGAAUUAAUAUUCUCUAACUGUGAACACUAGAUGCCUGAUUUGGCAAUUCUUUGUUGAAUGUGUUCACAAACUGUUCCACUGAAACAGACAGAAAGACUUAGGCAGUACUGUGCCUAGUAGCACUUCAACCAUUGUGAAUAUGAAAGUAGUUUCAAAAAUGCAAAAGAUGGCUUUUUCUUUCCCUUUUCUUUGACUGUAAAUGUUAAUGUUUAAUAGGGUAUGUAAAUGUACCUUCUCCCUCUCUUGUGGCUGGUAUACCUCUCCUAGAUUUACUAGUUGUAACUGAUUUUUACAACAAAAACUUUAAAAUGCCAGCAGUGUUUCUACCAUUAACAAUUUGUUACACUGCAUUUGUUACAAUGUAUGACACUUAUUUAUAUCAAUGAAUUCUCCAUCUUGUGUGCAUUGUCUGGAAGGUGCAGAUAAUCUUAUGCAUAAAUUCAAAGUAUCUGUUGUAAAAUUACUAAAUAUUGUAUUAGGAAUUGUGUCAUCUAUUAAUGCAAUUGUUAAUAAUUGUCUUAACCAGGGGAUUAAUUGGUCCAUACGUCAAUACUGUCACAUUUACAAAGUGUGAGACGUGUUUUCUCACACAGAAAGGUUUCCAACUGCAUUAUUGCAUGAAGAUCAACAAUAUGUUGCUAAAAAACCCUGUUUGUUUGUAGUUGAGGCUGGGCCCACCUUUCAUGUUUCUUGUAUUUCCUCUAAUUUUUUGGUCAUGGAUUUAUUUUAAUUUUUCUAAAACACAUCUUGUUUACUAAGCAUGUUUUCUUUGUAUUUUAUUUCUGUUAUAUGUUUUCAGAGACAGGUUUAUGGUCUUCUCUUAAGUUUAUAAUAUAAAUAAUUUUUAUUUAACUCUGAAUUUUGCAGAAAGAAUUCUUUCAUAAGGGCAGGUAGAAAAUACCUACUCUAUUCCAUUUAAGUAAUGCAGAGUGACCUUCAGAACAUAGCCAGUUGCACUGAUUUACAAACUGGCAAACUUGCUAUCUUUCAAUGAUUUGGUUGUCUGAUGUGCAUCUAAUAUCAGACUGACAUUUUAAUAUGAGUAUUAAAUGAUUUGGUGUUUGUUUUGGUUUGUUAUUGCUGGGCUAAUUGUUCCAUUCCCUGGGCUAGUAAAAUAAGAGUUAGAAUGUAAGAAUACUGUUAAUCUGAUACUAUGCUUGGAUUUUUAUUUUGUUUUUUUGACAGUUUGCCGAUGUUUACAGUGCUCAGGAAGUUUACCAUUCCACUUACUUUACUGCUGGAAAUCAUCAUACUUGGACACCUGUGUUAUUUUUCAUGAGAAAUUACGAAGGAUAUGCUAGCUGCUCAGAAUCUCUAAUUUCAGUAGUACUGAAUUGGAAGAACAGGAGUAUAAAUACAUCAUACUUUGUAUAGAACUUCAUAGUUCUAUCCACAUGGCUGGUGCUGGACUCACAAGAUGAACUCACAAGGAGAAAAACAGCUUGCUGAGCUGAACCCAGGCAAUACAAGAGUGAUGGUCAGGAGAAAGCUAAAAAAGCAAAAAGCCCUCAGGAAGCGAUACCCACUGAAUAUUAUAGUCAGCGUAUUUACCAUCAUUCUUGGGGCUUUCAUAGCCGCUGGAUCUGAUCUGUCUUUCAAUCUGGAGGGCUACAUCUAUGUGUUGCUAAACGAUAUCUUCACAGCAGCAAAUGGAGUUUAUACAAAGCAGAAAAUUGAUCCAAAGGAGUUGGGAAAAUACGGUGUCCUGUUUUAUAAUGCUUGUUUCAUGGUGAUUCCAACAGUUAUUUUUAGCUUUUCUACUGGAGACUUUCAACAGGUUUCUCUUGAUGUAUUCUACUGUCCUGUGCAGUCAUUACAAUUCUGCGCUCACAACAACAGUAGUUGGUGCCAUCAAGAAUAUAUCCAUUGCUUACAUUGGAAUGUUGAUUGGUGGAGAUUACAUAUUCUCCAUGUUGAACUUUGUAGGGCUAAAUAUUUGAUGGAUGCGGGCCAUGCCAUCAAAGCUGCCCCUGUAGCAGCAUCCUUCAAAGAAGCCUCCUCUGCGCAGCUUGAAAACCACAGAACCAGCAGUUCACCCAGCUCAAGCCAGGAAUCAGAGCAGCUGCACCAGGAGAGAGAGAAGCAUUGCCUGGAGCUGCUGAGACAUGCUGUAAAUGUGGGACAUCUGGAAAAGAAAUACACUGGGUGGAAAUGUAUUGGCUGUGGUCCUGAGGACUUCAGAACAACACCACAAAGAAGCACUCCUGGCAAUGAUCAUGAUUCAUGGGGUGGUGUAAGGGUCGGUCUGAAGAUUGCCUGAUUCUGCCUCACAAUCAUCAUCAGAGACUGAGACCCUGAGACCCCUGGACCCCACUUCUCACUCCGGGCAGGAGCUGCUGGGCCUGGCUAGGGUGGAUGCUUGCCAAUGGACUGUGUUCAGGUGUGUGCUGUACUGUCAAGGUGCACUGCAUUCAGGCAGGUAUGGCCUGAAGGAGCCGUACUUUCUGCGCCUGAGCGAUAGGCCUCACACACAAUAGUCCAUGAAUCUCCUUACCUUUUGGCCAGCAGCCACUCACCUUAAAAUGGGCUAUAAAAUUACUACUUUCUGUAGAGACUGUGAGACUUCUUUCUCCCCACAGAUGGAAGACCCAUCUGCUGGUAGCUAUUCCCCCUAUUCUCUCUUCUCUACCUCAUCUUUAUCUCUGUCCCUCUCACCAUUACCCCAAAACUGAGUUGUUUGCCCUCAAUAAAGUGCUUUGCUGCUUGCUGCUGAACAAAACCUGUUCUAUGGAAUAAACCAGCUAUUCAAAUACAGUAAUUCCACAAAUACAAGCCGCACCAUUUUCACC